GAUUAUUUGAUAGUAGCAUUAUUCGUAUAUUUCCUAUUUAAUUUGGCGUCUUAAAAUUUAAUGAAGCCAAUGAUGUUAAUAGUUUUAUGAUCAUUGUUUCGUAAACAAGAUAUUUAAAAUGUCAUCUAAGCUACCAAAAGCGGCAUUGAGUCUCAAGCAGUUCAUGCUACGUCAAGAAGUUCUGAAGCUAUACAGGGAUAUAUUUAGAACACUGCGAUACGUAUCUGACGAAUCGACGCGUCAAGAGUUGAAGGAAUGGGCCAGAACUGAUUUCAGGAAUAACAAACAUCAUACCGAUGAAGCGACUAUUAAAUCUAUGUUGUUUUAUGGUAAAAAGUCGUUACAGGAUUUAGAAAAAUCAGUAGCUUUAAGUAGAUCAUGAAAUUAAAAUUAAAUAAAUUCCACAUUAGUUGGUACCAAAUGAAGUGAACCCAACUGCAUAAUUAUUUUACUUAGGGAAUUAGUUAUAUUAAGAAAGUUGAAGAGCUAGUUGUGAAAUAGAGGUAAUUUAUUUUAUUUAAAAGCCUUAUAAUGAGAUUUUAUUUAUUCUCAUUUGUUUAUGAUCAUAACAUUUGAUUUGUACGGUUAGGUUUACAAACAACAUUCAGUACAUUUUGUAGUCACAUUGUGAUGAUAUAAACAUUUAUAGUUUUUUAACUUCAGAUGGUGGUACAGCUGGAGAAAUAAUAUCCAAUGUGAAAGAAAUUAAGUUAGUUUUAAAUUAUAAACUAUCUACACUAUGUACAAUUCUUAAAUAAAUUGUUGUGCUUUCAAGCAUUUUAUAUAUUAUUAAUAAAACAUCAACUGUUUACUUACAGGUAUAAA